AUGUCGUCAUCCACAUCUAAACAAUUUUCAUUCUCCUCUCAACAUGUUGCCUCAUCACCAUCACAAGCUAAUAAUAAUAACAAUAAUUUAAAUAAUAAUCAAAAGAAGAAGAAUAAUGGUAAGAAGGAAAAGGAAGCACUCUUGAUGGAGUACGGAACCACAGAAAUUGAAUCAACAUUUGGAAAUAUAUUUUCAUCAUCCUCUUCAGAUGUAAAGAAUAAUUCAUCAAAGGCUUUCCAUACAGCUUGUUGUUUUAUUGCACCAACAGAAAUAUGGGAACCUAUUCAAGAGAUGAGAUCAGUGAUGGAUAAAGCUUAUGAAAGAUGGCCUCCACACAUUAAUUUCCUCUUUCCGUUCAUUCCAGAGCAAUACUUUGAACAAGCUCAGGAAUUAAUUAGGGAGAAAUUGGCACGUGUUGAGCCGUUUGAUAUUACAUUUAGUGGAGUGAAUUAUUUUGCCAAGAAUUCGAGUGUUAUGUGGUUGGAUCAGGAUGAGGAAAGUAUAAAGAAAUUGCAACAAGUGCAAGCAUUGAUUGCAGAACUAUUUCCAUAUUGUGAUGAGAAGAAGAAUGAGAAGGGUGAAUUUGUGCCUCACUUGACUGUUGGACAACAAGCUUUAAAGUUUGUGGAAAAGAAGGUUAAGGAACUAAAUUCUAAAUGGAAACCUGUCACUGUCAGAGUGAAUGAAGUUUGUCUUAUUUACAGACCUGAUAAGGAAACUAGUUUUUCAGUAAUUCACAGAGUUCCACUCGGACCUGGACUGUAA